AUGCGACACAUUCUCCUCCACCCUCAAUUGCGCUCUGCGCUUCCAAAAUCCGUUCAAAAAAAUCUGCACAGUCAAAUAUGGCUUCGAUUCAAAUCCCAAGUCCCCCGCCCAUCGAAACGACAUGAACCAGCUCUCCCCGAAGCCAAAGAGCUAAACCCAACAACACCACGCCCAGCAACUGCAACUAGCGCUGCCUCAAAACCACACCUUCGGAAGGGACCCCCGGAGCGUAUAUUGGUCUAUUAUGGAGGAACGGGCCGAGCAAUGUUUCUGGGCAUGCUAAGAGUGACGACAAUUCUACUCUUUGGCGCAGCUUGUUUAAUUGUGGCACCUUCAUGCUACACUGCCGAUGCUACUUGGUAUAUCACACCGUUAGUGGUGGUUGGUGGCGCUAUGCCGAUGCUCUUUGUAGCUUACACAUCAGCACCUUAUGUCAAUUUCGUCCACCUGGCUCUUCCUGCUUUUGCCAGAAGGUCCCGCGAGGCUGCAGUGCACUAUGCAAAAGACUUACCACCAACUGCUGUGUUGUAUCUCAACACCAUGCGAUUUAAUACUAUCCCUCGCACCAUUCAAGUGAGAGUUGGAGAUCUGAUUGCUGAUAAAAAUCCCUUCCGCCCCGUCAGUUUUUCGAACACAAAACCUGCCUUGAGACCCUGGUGGAUGGGAAAACACCCCACGCAGUUCUAUACUUCUGAUCACAGCCAGCCUGGCCGGAAAUCUUCAGCCUUUUAUCCGGAGGCCUGGCCCGGGAUUUACCAGCGUAUCCAAAGCAAGGCCAGUGGAAGACGUUGA